GCUCAGCCCCUUGGGGCCUGAUCCUGCCACGCAGGAGCCCUGAGCGAGGCCACCGGUGGUUGAGGAUGGGGGGGAUGCAUGAGCUGAGCCAUCUGGCCCCAUCCCCGUUCCUGUCCAUGUCCCCAUCCCUGUCCCACGGCCAGGCUGCGCUGGGGCAGGCGGGGUGCUCGCAGCUGGCACGGUGGCGGUUCUGUCCCUUGGCACUGCUGGUCUGACGCUGUCCCCUUGCUGUCUCCAUCUCAGAUGUACCAAGUCCAGCUGAAACCACCACGGGUGAGAGCCACCAGGCCGGCAGCCGCAUGAUAAAGCCAGCACGGCACCAUGCCUACGGCAGGGAGGGUCCUCCUCCGCUCGAUGACCAUGUGGCUGCUCCUGCAGAGCCUCCUCCUCCUCCUGGCCUCCUGCCUCCGCCCGGCUGCUGCGUUCCCCAAGGGCUGCUACCCCUCGGAAGAGGAGGGACUGAAGACCUUCCGCUGCAGCAACGCUCAGCUGACCGAGGUCCCCAGGGACAUACCCAAUGACACCAACAAGCUCUACCUGGACUCCAACCGAAUCCCCUUCCUGCCCCGCGACGCCUUCCGGGACCUCCCCCUCCUGCUGGAGCUGGAUCUGUCCCACAACGCCAUCGCCAGCAUCGAGAGCGGGGCUUUCCGGGGCCUGGCAGAGCACCUGCGCUCUCUGGACUUGUCUUCCAACAGGCUGGUGUCGGUCAGCAAAGACACCUUCAGCAACCUGAAGGCCAAGGUCAACCUCUCCAACAACCCCUGGCUGUGUGACUGUCAGCUGCAGGAGCUGAUCCGCACGGUGGACCUGGCGGCCGGCUCCUCGGGUGGCAUCGUGUGCGACUCCGCCACGCAGGAGGAGCACGUCGGCAAAGCUUUCCUGCAGGUCAUCGCCGACACGGACUUCUGCAACGUGUACAAAAGGACCACGGACAUCGCCAUGCUGGUCACCAUGUUCGGCUGGUUCGCCAUGGUGAUCUCCUACCUGGUCUACUACGUGCGGCAGAACCAGGAGGACGCCCGGCGGCACCUGGAGUAUCUCAAGUCCCUGCCCAGCAAGCAGCGGAGGUCGGAGGAGUCGUCCACCAUCAGCACCGUGGUGUGAGGCACCGGCAUCCCGCAGGACACAGGGACCCGCGGAGCUGGGGAUCGGCCGCUCCGCAGGCUUGCCGUGGCUGCAGGAGCUGUCACGAGCCACCGUCAUCGCACAGAAAUAGUCACGGAUUUGUUGUGUUCUCCUCGGGGAAGCAGCGUCUGGCAACGGGAGCCAC